UGGUGUCCGGACAAUUUUUUUUUAUCAUAAAUCAUUUUACGGGAAGGAUGAAUAAAAUCUACCAUGAGUAAAUCUUACCUUUUUGGUGAUGUCUGACCACAAUUUGAUUUUUCUGACCAAGAUGGUGUCUUAGUAGGACAUAAAUUAUGUCCUUUCAAGAGAAAAAUACUAUUUGCAGCUCUGGUAAAUGUGAAGUCUGUAUUUGCACCAAAACUCAUUCCGUGUUCUGUAGCAUGUGGCACAUGUAGGGCUGCUACAACUCCCCCUGAAGAGGAGAAAUUCAUCACAAGUCACCUCCAAAUAUUUGGUCAAAUUGCCCUUGUUAAUUAAUUGAAUUUGUUCUUUCUUUUACAUUAUCAGCACUUGGGACAUUCAUGUGCCAGAAACUAAGUGAGUAUACUAUCACAAUGUUACGGCAACAAGCUAGGAAAAUAUCCACGGUACAAUAAUGUUGUUCCAGUAAAUAUCCAUAUUCCUAGCAGUCUUGUCAAAUUAUUUUGUGUAACAGUAAGUUUAUAUCCAUCGCAUUUAUACAAUUGUUUGAAGAGCUCUGAGUGUAAUACACCAGGCAAGCUAGAAACCCCUGCAGUCCUCUGAAGACCUCCAUUAUAACACACUUACCACAUGCCCACUGUAAUACCUCACUGCAUACACACCUUUUGUUUUCAAUUUACAGGAUUGGAUUUUGAUGUACAUAUGAGUAUCUUUGUUUCACCAAUUGUAUUUCCUUUGGCCUUUUCCAUUAAUGCUGAUUUCCAGCGUCGCGAGAGAGUUCUUGAAGACUUAGCACAGUUUAAAGGUGCUCUUGUGGUAUUAUUUUUUUGCCAUAGGGACUGGCUUCAGUCUUCAGGUUUACCCCAAGAUUUUCUGAAAACUGUGAAUACUAAAUUAAAAGGUUUGGUUUUGAAUAUCAAAGAAUAUCUAUUAACUGAGAAACUUAUGAGGAGGAGCUUCAUUCUUUCAGUUAUUUAUGAAGAUUUGAGUGACAUAAGCCAGUUGAAUGACAAGAUAAGGAGUUCAAGUUUACCUCACAAUUCUCCUCUAGUAACCAGACUCAUUCACUAUCACAAUUUGAUGUGUCAUGCGUUUGAAAGACUCCGUGUGAUCAGGGAAUACCGCUCUCCACGGACCAUUCGUUCGUUCACUAAAGUGUUUAUUUUCCUUAUGCCCAUCGUGCUGUCUCCGUAUUACGUGCACAUGGGUAUAAAGUCCGGCAACUUGUGGAGCCCUUAUUACAUUGCCGUGUUGACAUCGUUCAUAUUUGGCACAUUACAAGGUGUUCAGGAUGUGUUAGAUGACCCGUUUGAUGGUAUAAGCGAGGAUGAUAUUAAUCUUGGGCCGCUGGAAGACUGGACCGCUCAGUCGUUACUCACAAACAGGACAAUAACCAUCGGCCGCUUCACCGUGACUACAAAAGGUAAGGAAAAGAAUGACCUCAGUGAGAGUGACAAUGACGACGGACCUGGUCCCGUGAUGACCCAUCCUGUUAAGGUGCCACACAGACGAAAGCCCAUCCUCAGGAAACCGAGCUUCCGCAAAGUGGAGCACGGAGACGAAGACGCAGACCACGCCCAUCGGAAAUUGUCCCUUUAUCCAGAAACCGCUUCUCGCUUGGAAGACUUGACGCGUCGCGGGCUCACCGGAAGUACAACAAUACUUCCGGGGAUGAAAUUAAAAAGAUCCAAUAGCGAUAGCUUGACCGCCAGCUCCUCCCGUGCAUCCCUGGCUCAGGAGCUUUUACGAGCUCAGGAAGUGGACGGUAGUGGACGUGAUUCGAAGAAGGUUAAGUUUUCGAAAGAAACCCUGGGUUCGUCUGAUGAUCGGGACGAAUCCGACUAUGAGGACAGCGUUUUUGUUUCUCCCGGAUCCCAUUCAGACCCUUCUAAGUAUUCACGGCCAUCUUGGAUGUUAGAUGAAAACGAGCCGUUAAUUGCAUUAGACAGUCGAUCUGGUUCUUAUGAGACGGGCACCAGUUCCCUCAACACACCUGAGUUGGAUCGAAAAGUUCUCCCUGAAGAUCUUUAUAAAGGUCUUAAAAAUUCUCCUGGUACGAGUUUAGUCGACGGGCGCUUUUCAGUUAACAAGAACAAGGGGAAUCUUCCACUAGCGAAUUUGUUCGGCCGUAACCCAGAUGGAUUGGUUGAUCAUACGGAUGGACCUGCACCUUCUAAUUCAGGGCAACCGGUUUCAAUGCCUUCGUCUUUGCAAAACUUAUUUGGUCCUCCACAAAAUGCCAACCGAGAGAAACCCGCGCCUAGUUGCAGCUCAUCCCUUCCCGAGAAACCACACCAGCGUGUUCUUCCCAUCACUCCUUUAGCGCGUCCUGAGAGUCCCCCAACUUCUCGUUCCAAGAUUCCCGCUUUGCCGGCUUCUCGAAUCAUCCACUCGGCUCCAACUUCACCGGAACAAGAAAGACGUAAUGCUCUUCGAGGAAGUUCGGCUCCGCCGACUCCUUCGCCGGAAAAUGCGGUUGCUAUUCCUUUAAAAUCGGUAACUCAUUCACGGAAAACGUCUUUAGAUAUUUCUGUAAAGAAAAACCCCGGUGACUCGUUAUCCGGGAAUUCAAGGUUCGCAGUCAACUCUGCUCCUCAGACUCCUGCGGUAAAAACUUUAGAACAAGUUGAGGAUGAUCCAUUGUCAACUUCCAAAAGGAAAAAGUCUGGCGAUUCGUCAUCCGGGAAUUCAAGGUUUGCGGUCAACACUAAAGCCCAGACUCCUGCGGUAGACAAUUCAACACAAGUUGCGCAGGCUCCACUGGCAUUUGAAAAUUUUGCAGUAGAUACCACGACUCCUUCAAAGCCAAUUGAUAUGCCUAGAUCAAGGUUCAAUGUUGCUAAACCCUCAAAUGAUGUCGUUAAUCCUCAAAAACCCAGAGAAGACCAGCCGCUUGUGACGUCUAGUGUUCCAAAUUACGGUGUCACGGACUCCUCCCCUCCCCCUAGCGUUCAAGCCAAACCAUCGUCUAGAUUCAAAGUGAACAAUCCGACGACAAUUUCUCAGGAGGCUGAACGAAAUGGUGAAGAGGAGGGUAAGCCUGACGCUUUUCAACUUUUGAGUCUUGAUGGUGAAAGCACUGAAGUGUUCAUCUAGCGUUAUAGCAGAGAUCUGGGACGAGUCACGGCAGUUAUAUAGACCCAAUCUUCGCUGUUCGCACUAGGUUGAGGACGCGACGACCUGGAGGGAGCCGCCUGUAAGAAAGAUGAUCAUGAAAAUGAUCGUUUGGUGACGUUUAUCGUAUCUUUCCACUGAUUGGCUGAUUUUAGAAUUAUCCCUCAACGUCAACCUUUACUCUUUUAAUGUGAAGAGAACGAGUAUGAUUUGCGUUGUAUUUUCUUACUGAGGCUAAGUGAUUUCUUUAACCAGACUACCAUUUAGGGCCUAAUGUAAAUUGUUUCAGAUUAACAAUUCUUUCUGAUAGCCAAUGCAAGCUGAAGUUUCUCUUUGCGAGCUGAAUAUUGGUCUUGUGUCCCUCGUUUAUACGCAGUUCCUUUCGAACGCUACAGCCGUUUCAUUUCGCAGGUCUGCACUUUGGAAGCGAUGCUUGAGCUUGAAUUUAGCUGGUCUGACUUAGAUAUGAAUAAGGCAGCUAGUCUUAAUCUACUCGAGGGACGACCCGAGGGAUUCAAUAAUAAUGACUUGCGCCAACGCUGAUUGAUUGUUGCGUGGUUUUAAUUUUCGCGCCAAAAGAGUGACCAAUCAGAGGCGCACGUAAAUCCCUGGAGAGCAGCGUCAUCAAAAUGAAAUUUCCCGGACCAAAGAAUUUUUGACGUCUCCUGGGGGAAGUUUUUUAGCGCGCGAAGAAACGGAAGUUUUUUUUUAUUCAGGCUAAACAGUCAUUAACGAAGAAUAUUGUUUGAGUUUUAGUAACAAAUUGGCUGGCAGGAAAUGCUCAUGGGUAAAAUCGUGAGAUAAAAGUUACAGAAGUUCUUGAUACGUUAGUGUUAGUUAAACCCUGUUCCUGUCAUUUCUAAUUGUUUGGGAUAAAUAUUGCUUAAGGAGUUAGCAAUUUGAACAGGUAAACGUUAGUAAUGUUAAGUAGGUUUGCCUCAGUCUUGGGAUAAAAAUUUCUCAUUUGAAAAUGGGUUACUAACGUACAAUGGAAAACGAGCUCUGUCUUGCUAAUUUUAAUAAGCAAGGCCAUUUCCGAGUUGGCUUUUGCCUCUGUUUCAAAACGAGUCUUCGGGCGAAACCAU